CCGAAAGCGUAAAGAGAGCCAUAAUUCGCCGGGCCGCCCCGCAAUCAGGUUCGUGCUUUACAAUCCGCCUUACUCGUGAUGUUCAUCACCGGAUGGAAAAAAGGACGGUAGUGUACAUGUUUUUACUUAUGUUACUCUCUCGUCUCCGGUUGGACUGUUCCGUAAAUUCUCGUUCUACGUGCAACUACGCGAGAGAACGACGUACGCGCGUUUCAAUGCGAUUCAUUGAUCUUUACACGCGUAGCAUCGUGCGCGGCUUCGCGGUUCGUAUGUCGCGCUUCUGAGGGGACAAGUCGAGUGUCGUCGAGCAAGAGAGAGAGAGAGAGAGAGAGAGAGAGAGAAGCUUCGGAAAUAGUGGUGCUGAGCGAGGCGCGCAACGAAGAAAAUGAAAAGAAACACAGUGCCUCAUAGAUAACUACGCACGACGAAGUCAUUCUACCUGUCAGUUACACGUAAUUCGUUAUAGAUCCCCAUCUUGCUCCAAUCAAUCUCCACAUGUCGCUCAUACCAGGACGAAGGGACUCUUCUUUCAUUAUUAUUUUCAACUCCUAGUGCGACUAGACCAUACCAGAGAAAAAUACUAACUACAGAGAUACCAAAGAUACCAGAACGAAGAACCAUCAGAACGAGAUUUAUGAGGAAUGCCUCCUGCAGCAAUUUGUUUAAUUGGAAUGCGUAUCGAAAGAGGGAAGGAAACGAAAUUUGAGAAAGAAAAGAAACUAGCUGUGAUGAGCCAACGCGGAUAUUGGAAAGAAAAGUGUGCAACCUAAAAACAGAAAAAAAUAAACAAAACAAAAAAAGAGUAAAAAGUAAAUAAAAACCGAAAGAGGAAUGGUAAGCAAGAACAUCAGGAUAAGACAAAGUGUCUUUGUCAUUAAUAAUAAGGAUAAAAGUACGAAGGAGAACCUUUGUAGGCUCAUUUUCCGACACUGGAUGUCGGACUGACGCGUCGACCGCGACGCAGAAGGGCAGAAGGUGCAAGUGUUUCGGUAUGCGCGAAAAAGUGAUAUAUACUAACAUCUCCGAGGAACAAUUAAACAUUAAGAAGGAGCGAGAGAAAAAGAGAAGAUUUAUUUCUGUCACAAGUUUACGAAUCAGAAGUUGGAAUGACAUAAUGCAAAUAGUUCCUCGAGAAACAUCUGAUUAUCAAUAUAACACAAGCAAAGUUGAAUAAUCAAAAUAAAGGAAAGUAGCCAAAUACUUCGAUUUCGGGGAACUAUUAAGCAGAUACUACACUUUAACAUCUGAUACUAUUUGGCACUGUUAAAUUAAAUAAAGAAGCAUCCAACAAGUUCAACGCCGGACAUUUCUAAGAACUGACCACUAGAGAGUUAGUAUUAUAACAAACUGUUAUGUAAUGGACAGAAUUUUUGAAAGCUUGUCUUCGAUUGUCCUAUCUUUUGGCAUGGCAGAUUGGAAUCCUCCUAAUGACUAUACUAAAGCUAACAGGGGAUUGCCAUACUGUCAGAAACAAUAGAGGACGACAACCGCGAACCAUCAAAAUAAGUAAUAGCAUUCUCGCGCCAAGUACAUGUAGUAACAUAUUAUUUCGUGAUCUCAGUCCAACAUUUUACCGUGCGCUGCUAGGUGUCACUUCUAUCAUGACUCAAGUACUAUGAAAUUCUUCAACGUGGUGUACGCGAAGUUUCCCCUAUAUCUACUUUUAUUUCGGAUUGGGCGCUUAGCUUUCAUUUGUUGAUUUUCACUUCUGACAACAACUUUUAAAAGAAGCAAACAGUAAAGAGGACUCUGUGACGAUCUGUUUCAAAGCAUCGAACAAUUGUUGAACACUGUGACCAAGUUAUUUGCUGUAACUGAAUCUUGGCGAUAAAAUUUGGGCGCGAUUGAGUCGAGGACUUUCAAGGUAUACAGAACGGAUAAAAAGGAAGCGUGAGUGUAAACUGAAAGACUGGUGAAGGUGAAGUGGUGUCCGAGGAUAGAGCACAAACAGCACGUGGAGUGUGAGCACGAUAGCACCGCGGGUCGUGUUCCUCAAGGGGACGGACGCCAUGGCGGCUUCUUCGUCCUCAUCGACGGGUGGUGAGCAGCAAUACUCUCUUAGAUGGAAUGACUUUCAAUCAAGCAUUCUGAGUUCCGUACGUCAGCUGAGAGAUGUGGAAGAUUUUGUCGACGUCACACUCGCCUGCGACAGCUGCAGCUUUACUGCACACAAGAUCGUUCUUUCGGCAUGCAGUCCAUACUUCCGAAACUUGCUCAAGGCAAAUCCAUGUCCUCACCCGAUCGUAAUUCUGAAGGAUGUGGCUUCGUCGGACAUGGAAUCCUUACUACGUUUUAUGUAUCACGGGGAAGUGCACGUGGGUCAGGAGCAAUUACCUGCUUUCCUGAAGACGGCUCAAAUGCUUCAAGUACGGGGUUUGGCGGACGUUAAUAGCGGCGCCACGAAAAUUCCAUCGUCGUCGGCCGGCAACAACGGUAGCGCACCUGCAACUCCACGUAACUGGCAGGAUAACGGUAGAGGAGAUCUCAAUGAGAGUGAGUUGAGUCCACCGGAAAAGCGAGCAAGAAGUUACAGUCCGCCAAUAGGAAACCACGUCGAACCAAAAUUGGAUCUUCAGGAAUCCUUAUUAGGCCAGGCACUCGAAGGUGGUCCCACGAUACACACGACAUCCACAAACAAUAUACAGGCACAGUCAACUGGCGAAGAUUCGAAUUCUAUGUCAGAAAAUGAAGAGGAUGUGUCGAAUCACGGCAGCAUUCUUAACGCAGUGAAGACCGAGCCAAGUGAUAUUCUAAAUGAUUCUAUAGAACACCAUCGGAACAGCUUCCCUGCAGCGUUGUUAAGUCUUCAAGGCAUGAACAUGCCAGGACCUUCGGGUAUGCAUCAGGUAGCCAAUCAAGAUCCAAAUUAUGGGCGGUGGCAGCCCUCUGGAGGAGACGGUUCAAGUUCGAGUUCCGGUUGGCUCCCGGGUUCAUCUUCGAAGAACGAGCACGCCGGAUCUGAAACCUACCAAAGCGGCGGAGGUCACAACUCAAAAGGGCAGGAUCUCUCGGCCCUGCUUCAGCAUCAUCACCAUCAGCAUCACCAUGCCACCAGCCAACAGUCGUCGCAGCAACACACCCUCAAUGCCCUCAACUCCCUCAAUAACCUAAACAGUGAGCAACUUACGAUGAUGCAUCAGAAACUGCAGAACAAUCUCCAAAGUCUCCAGAGCACCUCUGUCAAGAGUGAGCAACUGAAUCUGAUACUACAGUCUUGCGCGAAGGACAAGAUCGAUAUGGCGAUACUCCAGCAACAAUCUCACAGGCGGUAUCAUCAGCAAAGGGAGGACGCCAGUCACGCCGGUAAACCCAAGUGUCCCGAAUGUGGCAAGAUAUACUCGAACAAUUCUAAUUUAAAGCAGCACAUUGUUAAUGUUCACACUGUGCAGACCGAGUAUAUCUCAUGUCACGUGUGCAGCAAGCAAUUCAAGACCAAGCAGUACUUGCAGAUUCAUCUGCUUUCCAUGCACGGCAUCAGAAAGAGAAAAACUUACCCUCUGUAUCACCAGAUACAGACACACGUGCAGGCGCAACAGCAAUCUUUACAGCCUGCCUCACAAGUUUCCACAAGCCAACAGUCUCAACAAUAA